UUGUUUUCAAAGAAUUCGGCUGUGUGGAUUGGUCGGCCCGGUAACGCCCACAAACAAGCCAAGGUGGAGUUGAGGGAGAAAAUACAUGCUGGGCAAAAUGAAGCUACCAAACGGGAAGCCUUUGAUUCACCAAAAGGCCGGAGUUAUCCGAAACACCAUCCAGUCAUGAGACCCACCGUUCUGUUACCAUUGCGCUGUUGAUGUCCAAGUAGAAAGCUUUCAUUAAAAAGAAAAUUCUGACGAUUAAAAAAAAUAAACGUUUAUUUACAUUGAAAUCACAUUAAAAAACAUUGCGGAUCAUUCAAUACAUCGUCACAAAAAGUUGCUCCAGAAAGGCACACGGUGUUGAAACGGUGGCUGCGUAAAGUCUACCCCAAAGCCGAUCCGAAUACGUGCAGGGUAAUAACGGAUCGGCCGGCCGCACAGAUCACUCCUCCAGCAAUAUGUGGGGAAAAUAACAACCACCAUCGUCGGCUUCGGCGUGAGGAAGAAGCAGCUGGAGAGAGAUCGAAAAUGUGGACGGGGCCACGCAUGGCGAAAUGGUUGGAUCGAGAGAGCUGCGCGUUGAGUGGAGGGAGAAAGCAAGUGAGAUGGAGGCGGGGGGAACUUCCAUCUCUGCGGGGACUGGAGCGCCUGUGCCCUGGACCGACGGCGCAGUGCUGGCUAACGUUCAACCCACCCCUUCUUCCACAACGAGACUGACUCACGCCGAGACAGGUAAGCCGCUCAACCGCUUACAUUUACAGCCCGACUGCGUGGUAAACAAUCGCCUUUAUGGUUUACCACCUUAAAUAAAAAGGCGCGUUUGGGAUUGUUUUUUUUUGUUGUUAUUGUUUGCUUUGACAUGUUUUUAAAACCGCCUUCAAGGCGAGCCGUUCGCUAGCCUCCACCACGCCGACCACUGUAGGGUACAGACGAGGUCGCCAUACCCGAAUUCCUUGUCCUCUACAGCGGGUAAGAAAUCCCGCUCAAGACCUAGAUUUUGUCAUAAAAAUAUAAGGUUUCUACUCGGUCAUGGUAUGGGCUCCUACGAUUAACUUAAAGGAUACGGGGGACAUUAUUUUAGAGAAUAAACAGGGGUUUUCCGCGUGGAGACCUCCAUGCGGUUGUCGUCGGAACAGCCAUCCGCCUCGCUGGUUAGCCAUCAGGGAUAUCGGUUUAAUAUCUCACCGUACGGUCUCUCCCUCUCUCACCGUGCCAGAAAGACCCAGGAAGGUCGGCGAACCCGCCUUCUGGGGCACCUGGGCUCUUAGCUCGACGAUAUAUUAGUUCGCAACGCGGUGGUCGGGCUUUAAAGCGCGUUUGUCGGUCGCUGUGCGUGCAGACCGCCAUUGGACCUUGACACGGUAGGUCUCCCAGCAGCCUGGGCUGAAGCAUGGCGGCUCUAUAGCCCUGGUGGCUCCAGUGAAGCACUGGCAGACACUUCGAUGGUAAAAUCGUCUCGUCUCAAACAAUGCGACGUCGGUAUCGCCGUGCGGUUGAUGUGUCGUGGACUAAACAUAUUUGGGGAUUGAGUGUUGAUGAUUUAAGUCCGAUAGUCUAGUAUUUCGUGUGUUUUCUUCACGUUUCGGUCCUUGAGUCUUGUACCUGAAACCACCGUUUCCUCUCCGCCGUACAUUUUGAGAAGGCGCUGCGUUGGCUCACAUGUCCUGAGGAGCAGGACUUUAAUGCGAUAUUUUACAUUGUUUUAAGUUAUAAAGUGAAUUUAGUAAGCGUAAGUUUUCUUGGAGCAUCAUUUGACGUUUUGAAUGUAUACUUUAAAAACAAGUUUCAAUUCAGUGGUUCAUCAAAUAAGUGUUAAACUACUUUUUAGCGGGUUUUACUGACGCAUUAUAGACCAUGGUGAUACUGGAUUUCUCCCUUUUUCUUGUGACUUCAAAUGUUACCCGAUUUAACAAAUUUCCCGACCGGAGAUUGCUCUAUUUUUGGUCCGAAAAAACAAACAUAUCUACACGUAUAUUGCUGGAAACGACUGCACCGUGGCCAACGUGAAAUGGCCGGCUUCAAGGACGGUUUGAAACGACGAGCAUCCGCCAUCAUGGCUGCGAGCUCGACUACGCCUCGCCAAAGAAUGCGCUAUGGAUGUUCUCAGCCCCUGCAAUGAGACAGCAACAGCAAACAGUAUUUAAUGGCAGACGAUUCUCUGGACCAAACAACGACUGCUAACUAUAAUCCCCCAACCCUUCGACAACGGCGAAUGUCACGGCGGAGCUAGAUCACGGUGGAGCGUCCUCGCUGUAGUGAGGCGGUUGGUACUGUUCCCCCCCCCCAAGCCACCAUUUCCCUCCGUCGUCGGAGACCGAAAGCAGAUCCCCCGUCCGUGGUCAGCUGGUCGCCUACAGCUGCCCGUCGACCAUGAGCACUCGCUUCCUUCUUCCGUGGAACCUCCCAACCGCCACUCCGGGAAAAGACUCCAUUACCGAGUGGAUGCGGGGGAGAAAAUGGUGGCUCCUCUGGCGCGUCCUCCAGGACAUUUUGUCGAGAAAUAAUAUGAAGAAUUGACAAAUUGCCCGACGAAUACAACAAUAAAUCAAAUGAAUGGAGAUAUGGACACCGCUAUCCCGAACCAAGUUUGGGCCCAGGAUGAUCUUUUCAAACUUCUGGAAUUGAUGAAAAUCGCCCUGCCCCUGAAAGACCUGACCAAAUACAAGACCUCGGAGUCCCACCUGGACUGGGAGAAGGUGGCCUUCAGCUCGUACACCGCAGAUCAAUGCAAGCAGAAGUGGUCGGAGGUCUCCAAAGAGGUACGGUUCAGCCUGAUAUCCGCAAGUUCCGGACUCUGACAGAGCUGAUAUUUGACGCACAGGACUACAUCAGGAAUCCCUACAAGGGCAAAAAACUCAAGAAGCACCCAGACUUCCCCAAGAAGCCCUUGACGCCAUACUUCCGCUUCUUCAUGGAGAAGAGGGCAAAGUACGCCAAGCUGCACCCGGAGAUGAGCAACCUGGACCUCACCAAGAUCCUGUCCAAGAAGUACCGCGAGCUGCCGGAGAAAAAAAAGAAGAAAUAUGUGGAAGACUUUGUGAAGGACAAAGAGUCGUUUGGGCUGAGCAUGUCCAAGUUCAGGGAAGAGCACCCGGAGCUGGUUGAGUGCAUGACCAAGAAGGGCUCCAACGUGCCCGAGAAGGCCAGGACCCCCCAGCAGCUUUGGUACACACACGAGAAGAAGGCCUUCCUGAAAACAAACGCUGACGCCACAACCAAAGACAUCAAAGACAGUCUGGGCAAGCAGUGGACCCGGCUCACCGACAAGAAGCGACUGAAGUGGAUCGGGAAGUCUCUGGAGCUGCAGAAACAGUAUGAGGAGACCAUGCGGGAGUACAUCCAGCAGCACCCCGAGCUCAACAUGAACCAGGGCGACUACUCCAAGUCCACCCUCACCAAGGCAGAGCGCCACCUGAAGGACAAGUCGGACGGCCGCCCCGACAAGCCUCCCCCGAACGGCUACUCCAUGUUCUGUGCGGAGCUGAUGUCGAGCAUGAAGGACGUGCCGAGUACGGAACGUAUGGUGAUGUGCAGCCAGCGCUGGAAGCUGCUGAAGCAGAACGAGAAGGACGCCUACCAGAAGCGCUGCGAGCAGAGGAAGAAGGAGUACGAAAUCGAGAUGAACCGCUUCCUCGGCAGUCUGUCUGUGGAGGAGCAACAGCGCGUGCUGGCGGAGCAGAAGAUGAUCGGCUUUAAGAAAGGAAACGCUCUCGGCAACGCGGCCCCGGCGAAGAGAGCUUCCAGGGCCAAGCAGGCCGGCGCAGAGAAGCCCAAGAGGCCGAUCUCCGCCAUGUUCAUCUUCGCUGAGGAGAAGCGUCCCAAGCUGCAGCAGGAGCGCUCGGACCUGUCUGAGAGCGAGCUCACACGCCUGCUGGCACGCAUGUGGAACGAGCUGUCGGAGAAGAAGAAGGAGAAGUACAAGCGGCUGGAGGCGGUGCUGAAGGCUGAGACGAUGAAGAAGGAGAAGGAGGAGCGAGGCCACCUCCCCGACCCGCCCAAGACCGCCCAGGACAUCUGGCAGCAGAGCGUCAUCGGAGACUACCUGGCCCGCUUCAAGAGCGACCGACCCAAGGCCCAGAAGGCGAUGGAGACCACCUGGAACUCCAUGGAGAAGAAGGAGAAGAUGCUGUGGAUCAAGAAGGCGGCCGAGGACCAGAAGAGAUACGAGAGGGAGCUCUGUGAGAUGAGGUCGCCCGUCACCACCGCCAUCGCCUCGGGCAAGAAGAUGAAGUUUGACGGCGAGCCCAAGAAACCUCCCUCGAACGGCUACCAGAAGUUCUCCCAGGAGAUGCUGUCCAACGGCGAGCUGAACCACCUGCCCAUGAAGGAGCGCAUGGCGGAGAUCGGCGGCCGCUGGCAGCGCCUCGUCCAGAAGGAGAAGGACCAGUACAAGAAGAUCGCCGAGGAGAAGCAGAGGCAGUACAAGGUUCUGCUGGAGCAGUGGCUGGCGAGCAUUUCCUCGCAAGAACGACACAUCUACAAGGAGUACAACUCGCAGAAGAGGCGGUGCGCCGCGAAGCCCGGCGGACCAAACGCCAAAGUGAAGGCCAAGGCCAAGAAGCCGGAGUCUGAGGAAGAAGAGGAGGAGGAGGAUGACGACGACGAAGAAGAGCAGGAGAAGGCUUCCUCUGCGGAUUCGUCUAGCGAGGAGGACGAUGAUGAUGACGAUGAAGACGAGGAGGACGAUGACGAUGACCAGAACGAGGAGGAGGAGGAGGACGAAGAGGACGAGGCGGCGGACAAGGAGAACAAGUCUGAGGAGAGCAGCAGCGGAUCGAGUUCCGCCUCGUCCUCGGACUCGGACACGGAGUGAGCGGGGGUGGGGCGCCUCCCCCUCCCCCGUCCGAGAGACUGAGCUGAGUCCAGGGAGCUCUGCCACUGUGCCAACCCCGUUGUCCGCCCCCCCCCCCCAUCCCCCUCCUCCACCACCACCCCCACCACCACCAGAGGGCGCUCCUGCGUGGCCUCGUACAUUUCUCACACACAAACUCUCACCGAUAACGGCCCUCCGCCUUCCUCGACCCUCUCGCCCCGGGCGAGGGCACCACCACCACCACCACCUGUCCCCACGUGACCCCGCCUGCCCUGGGGGUGGGGGCCUCUCGUAGGUCCGCUGAGGGGGUGUCAGCCCAGGGGGGCUGAUGGGUAAUGGAGUUUUAUUGGCCGGGGUGAAUAACUUUUCUCCUGGCGUUUUUUUCUUUUGGUUCUUUGGACGAGGUUAAAACGGUUUGACAUCUGAAGUGGGGCGUGGGCGGUGACCGGGGUCUGCAUAUCGACGAUGGGGACUUGGUUUUGGGGCGCCUUCAGGCCAUAAACAAAAAUAUUGCACUCUUCAGAAUGUGUCCUUGAAUCUUUGUUUUUAGAGCCUGUUUUUUUUUUUUUUUUGUCCUUUUUCAACUUCUAGUGACGUAGUUGUUGCCAUGUGGGAUCUGGAAGAGGUUGUCUUUUCAGGAAAAAUCAAGCCAUGAUGAAUGUCUUUAACUCUUUCUCUUUCUUUGUCGCUGGACUUUUUGAAAACAGCUGGCUUCUUCUUUCCCGUAUGUGAACCCGAUGACGCGCUCUGUCGUGGACGGGCGUUUGGAAGUUAACCGUGGUUACUAGGUCUUCGUAAGUUCUGUUUCUCAACCACGGAUGGUAUUUUGUUACAGUGUGAGACAAUUCAGUUGAGGAUUUUAUUUUCCUUUUGGUUUUUGGCAAUUACAAACAUUUCAAAGUGUUCCGAAACGUUGGUUGUGUUCAUUUAUUCUGUUUUUAGUCUGAACAUUUUACCCGUUUUUGUUUUUAGUUAUUUUUGUUCAUCAGAUUUGGGGUCAGUCCCCCUACUCAGCCUCUAUUUUAUAUUUAAUUUCCAACUUUUUUAAUGAUUUUUCUGAUUUUUAACUUGUGUUCAGAUUCAUGGUUUCUCUUGUCUUUCUGAAUUUCGGCUUAACGAUAAUGACUGUAAGCCCAGCCGCUUUGUGGUCUGUUUAUCCCAAAAAAAAAAAACGUGUGCACUUAAAUGUAAUUUCUUUCUCCCUUUUGUGUAUGUGUGCAUGCUCGAGCAGUACACACGCUUACAGGUGUCUGUGUGCGUGUCCGUACAUGCACACGUACACAUGUAUGCGUGUGUAUAAAUAUAUAUACAAAGGUGUGAAUAUCGCUUUGCUUUAACGUUUGCGUUUCUGGAUUGUGUUCAUACUAUAUGACGUGACUGCAGCACACUGUUCUGUGCCCCCAUUUUGGGACAUCACCCCUACACCAUGAAUGUAGAUAUCGUUUGAUCUCAUUUUUCUUCCAAAGUUCUCUACUGAUUUAUUUCUGUUUUUUUCUUUUUAAGUGCUUUUUUCGUCGUUAGUUAAUUGGAAAUUGCCAGGUUUUGUUAUACAUAUUCCUGAUCCGUUUGAGGAGCGAUUGAGAGCUGGACAAAAUGUCUGGUGGUGAUUUUACUGAGUUUGACCAUUCGAAAUCUCGUAUAUAAUUGGAUAAAAGGUGUGCUAUAUUUAUAUAAUUGUUGGCAGAAAUGUGAAAGCCGAUUGAGAAUUUUGGCUGACAUAAAGGGAUAUGGUAAAAACUCAACUGCCGAUUAAAAGGGGGGUGAAUUCUGUUCUCUUUAUUGUACAUAUUUUUUUAUUGAAGUUUUAUGUUAGCUGCUAAUUAAUUUGGAUAAACCUACACCAGUGUCUCCGGACACGUGUCCUUUAUUGGCGGGUAUGUCAUCAUCUGCUUCGUUCAUCAGUUGUCUACCCACGUUGGUUUGUUUGUAGAAGUAUUGAAGACGGCAAAGCUUUAAAGUCUUUAUUGCUGAUCCUUUAAAAAAAUUGAUGUUUUCUAUAGCGGAGGGUGUUCUGAUGUCCUUGCAAAUUUAAGUAUUCGGGCAAAUAAAAUCUUAAAAAAUAUA